AUGACUAAGGAAAAAUGUUUAUCAAUAAAUGAAAUAGAAAAAAUUGAUGUGGAUAAAUAUAAUGAAAUAUCUCGUAAUGUCAAGAAUAAAAACAGAAAAAAUGCAUUAAAAGGGAAAGCUCAUUUAAAAAAAUUAAUUUUGCGUAAACAGAAAAAAGAAGAAGAAAAAAACAAGAAAUCCUUAAAUAUACCUAUUGAAAAAAAAAUUCCAAAGACAAUAGAAAGACUAUCAAUUUUUGACGAAAAUAAAAUUAAUUAUGAAAAUGAGAAAUUUUUAUUGAAUGAAAACUAUAUAGACGAAUUUAGUGAUUAUUUUAAAAAUAAAAGAGAACCAAAUAUAAUAAUAACAUCAAUAAAAAGACCAUCUAAAUAUACAAUUUUAUUUAUGAAAGAAUUAUCUUUAACUUUUCCUCAUAUUUUUUACGAGCCUAGAUUAAAUCAUUCAAUUGAAUUUCUUAUUGAAAAUUCAAUUAAAAAUAAAUUUUCAACAUUUAUCCUUAUAGAAGAAGGAAUAGAUAAACAUCCGAAAAAUAUCUUUAUAAGCACUUUACCUAAUGGACCUACAUCCAAAUUUUCUAUUAGGAAUAUUUUUUAUGCUCAUAACAAUAAAACACAAGUAGAAAUAACAACAUUACCACCAGAAGUAUAUAUAACUAAUUUUAAUACUUUUAUUGGAGAAAGAAUAAAAAGGCAACUACAUACUUUAGUUCCUUUUAAUCCUGAGUAUAAAGCACAGAAAGUUGUUGUUUUCUAUAAUCAAAGAGAUUUCAUUUUUUUUCGUCAUUUUAAGUAUAAUUUUCAAGAUAAGAAAAAAUGUAAUUUAAGUGAAAUAGGUCCUGGAUUUACUUUACAACUACUUAACCUUAAGGAUGGAUUAAUUAAUGACAAAGAAAAAAUGUAUGAAUUUUUGCUACGACCUGAUAUGAAAGUUAAUAGAAAGAAAAUGUAUCUUUAG